CCCGAUAGUUGUGCGUCGUUCGUCACAGUUGUUUGAUAAAUACUGUUGCUCAAAAUGUCUAUUGUCUUUGGCAAUUCAGGCUCUAUGUGCAUCAAAAACUUUUGAGAUGAACUAAAAGUUUAUUUUGAUGGAGUGCAUCGUGCAAGGAAUUAUAGAGACACAGCAUGUGGAGGCCCUUGAGAUUCUUCUUCAGGGACUAUGUGGUGUUCAUAGAGAACGCUUGAGGAUCCAUGAAAUUUGCUUAAAAAAUUCUCCCAACCUUGGGAAUGUUGCUUCAGAGAUUAGACUCUUAUGUGAUCUUGAGCAGACUGAACCCAUGUGGACUGUUAAACAUGUUGGGGGUGCAAUGAGGGGUGCUGGUGCAGAGCAAAUCUCUGUUCUUGUAAGAACUACGGUGGAAAGCAAAGUAAGCAAGAAUGUGCUUCGUCUAUUCUAUGCACUUGGCUACAAGUUGGAUCAUGAGCUGCUGAGAGUGGGCUUUGCCUUCCAUUUUUUAAGGGGUGCUCAGAUUACAGUUACUGUGUCAUCUAUUAAUAAGAUGCUAAAAUUACAUGCAACCGAUGAGGCUGUGCCAGUGACUCCUGGAAUACAAGUAGUUGAAGUGACAGCACCUGCAACCUCUGAAAAUUAUACUGAAGUGGCUGCUGCAAUGUCAUCAUUUUGCGAAUAUCUUGCACCGCUUCUACAUUUGUCAAAACCAGGUGUUUCAACAGGGGUUGUUGCCACUGCUGCUGCCGCCGCUGCAUCUCUUAUGUCAGAUGGUGGAGGCACAACUUUGUAGCCAGGUUGUAAGAUUGCUAGGUGUUAGAUACAUUUUAUUAAUACUCGCUUAAUUAUCGAUUUCUGCUUUUAAAUCAUCGCUCAA